AUUUUCCUUACUCGAAUCAGUUUACGUUUGAUUUGUCAAAGAGGGAUUGCAGGCGACUCUCGCGAAACAAAAUUUUUAGAAAUGAUUUUGGAAAAUAGUGCAUAAAGAUUGAAAGCAGAUCUAAAUGGGCGGCAAUACUCAAGAUCAAGACAAGGAGGUUGAUCAGGGGGUCAGGGAAAUUAUCGACACUUUGAAAUCAAAAGGCCUCUUUGAUCAGUUCAGAAAGGAGUUUGUGGCUGAUGUUGAUACAAAGCCAGCUUACCAGAAUCUAAAACAGAGAGUGGAAGGGUACGUCAACAGGUUUUUAUCGCGACAGACAUGGAGCCCAGACUUAAACAAGAACCAGCUCCGAGACAACCUCAGAAGGCAGAUAAAUCAAUCUGGUAUGUUGACCAAUGGAGUAGAAAGAGUGGUAGAACAACUGGUAAAUCCAAAGAUCCUGCACAUUAUCAAACCCAAAAUUGACGAGGUUAUUUGUAAACAUUUGGGAAUUGACCCAGAGAAGAGAAAGGAACAUGUAGAACAGAGCAAGCAGCAACACAAGGAGAAGAUGCAGUCAAUGCAGAGCUUAAUGUCUGUCAACACUACACCAGAUAAAAGUAAUUCCAGUGGAACACCAUCAGGCACUCCAAAUACAGAAUUCCCACCAGGUUUCCAAGGAGAUGGAUGGUCCCAACAGUCACCUGUGAUGGGUCAAACGGGGUCAAAUUUCUCUCCUGGAGGAAUGAAUUUUCCCAUGGCAACACCAUUUUCACAACAGUUUGGUUUCAGCAUGCCGCCUCAAAUGUUUCCUUACAUGCAGAAUUCAUGGAACAACUACAUGUUCAAUCAACAAAUGACCCCAGGUCAAAAUUUUGUUCCGCCCACCUCUAUGCAGAGUGAAACUUCAUCACCGGCACAAAACACAACUCCCAAUGUAACAGCUACUGAGAGUCCCCCUAAGCCAGAUUUACCUCCCCUACCGCCAUCUCCCAAAACUCCACCCCCACCAGGGACUGAGGGAGAGGAUGUGGAGGAACUUCUUGUGAAGAACAAGCCAGAUAAGACUAAGAUCCUGGAGGAGAUUCCCCUCCCCCCACCAACCAAAGAGGCCGGGGAAGGGGAGGAAGAGAUCACUGUGGAAGAGAUGACAGAUAUACCAAGUCUGGAUGAAAUCCCUCUACCCCCAGUAUCAGCUGACAUGGACGAUUCCUCUCAAGAGCAAGUGAUGAAAAAAUACAAGUUUGCCUGGCACGUGGAUCAAGAGGACGCCAAAUCUGACGUGACGAUCAGCUCGGUCCACACCAGUGACCUGUCGAUCUCGGAGGACUUCAUGUCGGAGAGCGAGCUGGAGUAUAGCGAUCUAACGGACCACGGGGAGGAGGAGGGUGAGGUCCUCAGUCCCCCGGGGAAAACCCAGGAGGAGAGACCAGAGACGGAGGCCGCAGAGGGCGAGGCAGGGGUACAGGAGAGGGAAGGAAAGGAAGGGGAGGAAAAUAAGGAGCAAGGCAAAGUGGAGGAAGCAGCAAAAUCUGAAGUCGAGGCAACACCAGAGAAAAAGGAAGACUUACCAACACAGGCUGAUGUCCCCAUGGAGAUCACCCAGACAGAGGUGAAAGUUCACGAGGUACCAAAGACGAUCGAGGCCCCCGAAGGGGAACUGAGCUCUCCCCCAAAGAGGAAGCUGAUCUCUCUACAGUACAACCUGAGUGACAGCGAGGAGGAGGAGAGCAGGGAGGAGAGGAAGGCUAGAAUUGCAAAGGAGAAAGAAGAAAGAUACACCAAGAGACUACAGAGACGAGCUGAGCUGGAGGCCAAGAGGAAAGAGAGAGAAGAAGAGAAGGCCAGACUACGGGAGGAAAGGAAAAAACAGAAGGAGAAGUCCUCUCCAGUAAAGAAAGAGGGAGAGUCUGAAGAUACCGAUAAAAACCAGGAUGAAUCGCCAACCAAGGACAAAACAAAAUCUCCAGUGAAGAAAGUCCCAGACUCUCCCGAGAAAAAGAAACGGAAGACAAAGGCCGAGCUGAAGGAGGAGUUAACUAAACAGAAAGUGAUGGAGAAGAAGGCGGCUCUAAGACGACAGAGAACCAGGAAUAGAAGAUAUGCCUCUGAGGAUUUCACCUCCAUAUUCAAUGAGAAGAGUCAGCCGUACACCAGUGCCAGCUACUCAGAGGUCGUGAUGGAAGAGCAAGUGGUGGAGGAAGUGGUGACGGUCGAGGAGGAAAUCAUCAUGGACGUCUCCAGUACAGUUGAGGAGGAGCUUCCCCCAUUACCCGAGGAGGAGGUCCCCCCUCCCUCACUCCCCCCACAGACGUCCUCAGUCACUACAGAGGUCACCCCCGAGGCAGGUCAACCGGAGCCAAGGAGAAGGUCACAGGUCAAGGACACUCACAAAGACAGUAAAACUGACGAAAACAGGCCGGAUAACAAGAGAAAACGCCAAGAUAGUGGAACAAGGCCAGCUAGGGAGGGUAGAGCUACCAAUAAACACCCAGAUUCCGUGUUUAGACGACCAAGAGUGGAAGAUGACAAAAGUCAGAGUACUAAGCGUUACAAUCCCUCCGAUUUAUACAAACCACGUCCCAACAUUGCGCGUAGCAGAAGGCGAGGGUCCUCUCCAACUCAACAAAAAGCAGAUGACACUGUGAAUAAAACAGCCUCGGCUGGUGACAGCAAAACCACUAAAGAGGACAGACCAGCAGUUAAUGAGGAACCCCCAGAGGUUAUAGAAAUUGAAUCUAGGUCACCCUCACCAGUCAGUUCAAGGUCAAGAUCGAGGUCAAGUUCACGUUCAAGAACCCACUCAAGGUCACGAUCUCAUUCACAUUCUCGGUCCAGAUCUCAUCGCAAGAAAAGAAGGAAAGGAAGGUCGAGGUCAGGGUCAAGGUCAUAUUCUGAAUCCAGAUCAAGGUCUCAGUCCAAAUCCCGAUCCAGGUCGUAUUCCAGAACGAGGGACGGAGCCAGUCCUAUUUCAUCCUCAUCCUUAUCUCUGUCAAGGUCACCUUCCCCGUCCAGACACAGUAGUAGAUCCUCCUACUCCAGAUCCAGAAGUAAAUCUAGGUCAAGGUCAGCCUCCAGGUCAUCGGAGUCUUCUGUGGACGAGUUUGGGAGACGGAAGAGAAAGGCUGGAAGAAGGCCGCUGGAAGAGAUCGAUUUUGGGGAGGCAGCUCGCAUGGCUAAGAAAAGUUUGGUCGGAGUGGACUUUGGAGAGGCCGAGAGGAGAAGUAAACAGGAGAGAGGGGACCCCUCCAAUACAACAAAAGCUACUGAAUUUGCACCCUUCAAGACUGUUCCCCCGUUUGGAGCCCCUCCACCACCUGGUGCCAUGCCCAUAGUGGACCCCACCAUGAAAAAACGAAUGGGAAAAAAGCGAGGAUUCCCACCAACCAGAGGUGUGCCGAGGAGCAAUGCACUUCGAGGAAACUGGUACCACCAAUCCUGGCAGUACGAAGAAGCCUCAAUGGAGGAAGAGAUGGUCAUGCCCCCAUCCCCCUCUCGGCGGUACUACGCCCCAGACCGGUCACCCCUCCAUUACGACGAUCUGGAUUCCCUCUCACCAGAUUCCAUGGGUAGACACUCUCCCAGCAUGAUGAGGCACCCCAGACGUGGGGUCUCCCCCUCACCCCCUCCUUACGGAAUACCUCGAGGAAUGAGGGGAAUGUCAAGGUCACCCUCUCCUCCCUAUCUCCCCCGGAGACACUCCCAGUCAAUGUCACCCCCUCCCUAUGCUGGACGACCUGGAACUUAUUCCCAGUCUCCCUCCCCACCCCCCUACAUUGGCAGACCCAUGAGGCACUCUAGAUCCCCCUCCCCACCUUAUGGUGGACCCCCCUCUCCUCCUUAUGGGGGUCGUCCAAUGAGGCAUUCACAGUCUCCAUCCCCAUCACCUCCCUAUCUAGGCAGAAGACAGAGGUCACCUUCUCUCCCAUAUACAAGAAGACCCCCCUCCCCCUAUGAUGGAUCCCUCCCAUCUCCUCCAGUUAGAGGAACAAGAGGUCACAGACCCCCCUCCCCUCCUUCUCCGUCAUAUAGGGCUUUGUCUCCAGAAGGGAGGGUACGUACCAGAAGUCAAAGGUCACAGUCACCCACUUAUUCCUCCUCACACAGGGGGAGACCCUCACCUUCACCCCCUUUAGAUGAGGAGGCCCCAUCACCCCCUGAAUACUCUCCCCCACCACUGUCCCCCACAGGCUCAGGCUACAGGUCCCCAUCCCCACCCCCCUUAUCUCGACUCCCUAGAUCUCCCUCACCCCCACACCGUCCCGUGACCAGGGCCUAUCACUCUCCUUCAAAUUCCCCCUCCCCUCCACCCAUGCGACCUGUCACCCCUCCCUCUCGACCUUUGACUCGAGGCCAGAGGGCAGUAUCCCCUACAUUGUUUAGUCCUAAGACACGGAAACAGAGGCCCCCCUCUCCCCCUCCAGCAGCCAUGUCCUCACGGUCAUUACGAGCCAAGCACAAUGCCCCUCAGAGGUAUUCCCCUCCCCCAUUGCAGAGGAUGAGGCCUCGGCCCCAAUCCCCACCCCCAGCUAAAAGAGGGAAGCGGUGAUCAACUGUACUAUUCACAAUGCCCACCAUCAUCCAAAAGGGAGAAACAAAAAGGGACUUGUGCAGAUUUAUUAAAUUGACAUUUGCAAUUAGAUAUGUGCUAUUAAGAGAAAUGAUUAAUCAACAUGUGUUCUUUAAAUUAAUGCUUACAUUAAGUUAUUAAGGGAAAUGAAGAUCCAAAUUGUACAGACUGAUUAAAUUAGAAUGGACUGUAAAACAUAAACUAGAGAA